GUUCAUAUUCAAGCAGUUGGCACUAAUUGUAAAGCUUUUACCAUGAGGAAACUUGGAUUGAAAAAAAUUGGUUUAGUUCGGAGAAAAAUGAAGAUUAAAACAGAUAAUUUUGUUCAAGAAAAACUGAAGCUAAAGUUCUUAAUGAUUUGGUUCGAUGGAAAGGAAAAAUUAGAGAUAAAAACCUUAACGAAAUUAAAGUUUCCACCGGGAGCUGCAGAUAUGAUUCUUGAGACUGAAAACCAUUCUAUUCUAUUCUGGUUUCCAGAUUCUAAUAGAGUAUCACUACAAUAUCUGAACUACCAGAAUCCAGAUUUAGUUGUGUUUAAACUUGAUUGCGAAGCUGCUGGAUUAGAGAAAAAUGCAGUUAUAGACUUGAAUUCUAGGAUACUAAGAUGUAAUUCUGAUGACUAUAUUAGAUUAUUCUAUAUAGCUUGUCUUGCUUCAGAGGGCAACAUUCCACUCGUCACUAUUUAUAAAGAUCAGGAAGAUGAUGAGAAAAAGGAAGAUGAUGAGAAAAAGGAAGAAGAUGGGAAUAUCAAGGAAGAAGAUGGGAAUAUAAAGGAAGAAGAUGGGAAUAUCAAGAAAGAAGAUGGGAAUAUCAAGAAAGAAGAUGGGAAUAUCAAGGAAAAAUAUGAGGAAAUCAACAUGGAUAAUAAAAUAGAAGAAGAUGAAGAAAUAGAAGAAGAUGAUAAAAUAGAAGAUGAUGAUGAAAUAGAAGAAGAUGAAGAAAAAGAAGAAGAUGAUGAACUAGAAGGAGAAAAUAAGGAGGAGGAAAUAGAGGAGGAAAAAGAAGAGGAAGAUGAACUAGAGGAUGAAGAAGAUGAGAGAAGAGAAGAGAAUGGAAUAUUUAGAAGAAAAGAGGGCCAUUUAACAGCAAAGGAUGGAGAAAUCAAGGAUAUAUGUAAAGACGAAGACAGUGAACAUUAUUUAAAACAGAAAAUAAAGAUGAAAUUAGAGGAAGAGAAUCCACGGCUUCUAGAUCUACAAUCUGUUGUCAAUUCUUUCAAACAUUUUCAACUAGGACAUGUAUCUGUGCCAUUGGUAUCAUCCCUGGAAACUUUAAUGGAUAGUUUAUCAAGAUAAAACAAACCUUUCAAAACAACUGUUUUUGUUGUAAAUAAAUAAGUUAUAAUAAAUCUAUGAUU